AUGAAGUUUCUAACAACAUUAGAAAAACAUAAAGAGCUACAAGAUCAUAUUAAAGUUUUUAAAAAUGAACAUGCCACCCCUGAUCAAGUUGCCUUUGCCGGUGAGAAAUUUUUCCUUGCACUCUUUGGAUUCAAAGACACAAAUUACACCAAUCUUGAUAAAUAUCUAUACCAGUGUUUCGUGAAGUCGGUAACAAAAAGGAAAUUCAAUUUGGCAUCUUUACCUCCGACAAGCGCAGCUGCACGACAGCAUUCGUUGAGACCGUACUAUCAGGUUCAACUAUGGCGUGGUUGUCCGAAAGUAGUUGAAGAAUGGGGUUGGAAGAAAACACAAACUGGCCUCACUCCAAUAACUACUUUGAAAGAUCCUGCUUCCAAAGCACUACUUGCUUUUUUUAUCUUAGCCUGCGGAUGCAGGAAAGCAGGAUUGCGAUGUUCGAUGAUUUGCGGUGUCUGCAACGGGAAAACUUGUGAAAAUAUCAGCCAAGUUACACUGGACGAAUCCGAUGAAGAAGACCUCCAUUCGCUGCAUGAUGAUUCUUUAUCGACUGCAGAAGAAGAAUCCGACGAGUUGAAGGAAAUUAACAUCGAUUCUGGAGCUGAGGUAACCAGUUUUCCCGUUGAAUAUAUCGAAAUCAAUGAGCCAGGAGCUGCAAAAGAUCAAAUCAAAGGAAAACUGAAGCCAAUACACAUGAGUAAAAGGGUUCAGGAUGACAAGUUGCAAUUCAUGAAAGAUAAUUUUCCGAGAGUUCUAUCUCUGCUAGAGUCGAUAAAAUACGACACAGAUUGCUUGAUGAAUAGCAAAAAUCCAACAACAGCAAACAUUCAGAAGGCAAAAUUUUUCGAUAAUUUGCCCUUGCGCAGUACUGAAGAAAUAACAGAUUUCGACAUGAGAAUUUCCAUAGACACCAGCAUGAAAUCCAAACUUGCGACCUACCUCUCGCAAGUUGGUGGAAAUUCAGCAAAAGAUAACAUAGUCAGAAUCCUCAGGAAAAUGUUCGACAACAAAGUGGCUCAAGAGUGUUCUUGGAUGGGUUUGAGACAGAACUUCAAAGUAGGAACUCUGACAAUGAUGUCAAUCAUCAAAGUGACAAAAUCGAGUCCUCAGCCGAAGAUAAAAAUUCUCAAAGUUGAAGAUCUAAAAAAUGACGAUAUAGUUGCGAGAAUCAAAUUGGAACUGAGCCAACAGUGGAGUUUGUCAAAAUCUGACUCAUUGCCAUCUGCUCAAAAAAACUCCGUUUUGAAUCAUUGGUUAACGAAGGAUGUCAAAACAGACCCAGACGAAGGAAAAGUAAAAGUUCAGCAAGCAGAAAUAACUAAAGUUGAAACAGACGAGACUAGUAGAAUAUCAUUAAAAAAGAAGGAGAAAGCAACUUUGAUCGAAUUGUCUACUAUAGAAAGUUGUAAAAACGUCAGUAAUCCUAAUAAACAUACAUUAGAGAAAACAUCUUCCAGUAUAAAGAAACAGUUGGCGCCCGAGGAACUAAAAGAUAGUUCACCCAAAGCUCCAACAGAAGAAACUAAACCCUCCACUUCCACUUAUUCUACCAAAAACCUCAGUCUUUAUGCAGAUGAAAAGAAGAACAUCAAGAAACCACGUGCUAAAAGAAACAUCGUGUCCAUUGAGCGAAUGAAAAAAUUCAAUGAGCUAAGUCCAGAGCAAGUACAACCUAAGACCAAGCCAAAACGAGCCUGCGAGUUAACUUGGGAUGAAAUUAAAAAACCAGUCGACAAGAUCAGAUGCAUACAAUGCAACGAACUCUUCAGAAGAGAAAUAUUUCUAGCUCACUCUAAAAUUUGUAAAGGUAGAAGACCAGCGAAAAAAUUUCGUUGUCUGCUCUGCAGUUUCACUCAUGUGGAUAUCAAGGUGUUGGGGACUCACGUGCAGGAAGAACAUCAUAAGGCAGACUGAAAAAAUAAUGAAAUAAUUUUUAUAAUUUUC